UCGCAUCCUCAACGUACCCUAGCCGCCAGCAGUCGCAAGUUGCCGGCGCUCCCCGCUCCCCGUCCCCCGCUCCAGGCGUCGCUGUCCGUCGUCCACGGCAAGAGCAAGCGGCCUUGAUUCCGUCUCCCACCUCCACCCUUCCACGCCACAGCCAGGUUUCUUCUAGGAGAGCUACGUAGAGGCUUGAGCGAGAUGGGGUUGAGGGACAAGAAGAGGAACCAGAGGCGCGUGCUCUCCCGGCGCUCCGCCGGUCCCCGCACCGGCGAGGGCAAGGAUUUCCUGCCGCUGGAGGGGAAGGAGCAGAGGAUCCGGGAGAAGCAGCUCGAGGAGCCGGAGAACACGGCCACUGUCCUGUACAUCGGCCACAUCCCCCACGGCUUCUACGAGGACCAGAUGCAAGGUUUCUUCCAGCAGUUCGGGGCUGUUAAGAGGGUCAGGAUUGCCCGGAACCGCAAGACAGGAAAGUCCAAGCAUUAUGGAUUCAUUGAGUUUGAGAACCCCGAGGUGGCCAAGAUUGUAGCUGAUGAGAUGAAUAACUACCUCCUGUUUGAGCACACUCUGCAAAUUGCGCCUGUCCCACUGGAGAAAGUUCAUGCCAAACUAUGGAAAGGUGUGAGGAAGGGAUUUGUACCAGUUGACCGGGUAGCAAUUGAACGGAAGAGGCUUAGCAAGGAUAAAACAGUAGAAGAGCACAAAAGGAUGCUUGAAGGAAUUGUAAAGCGGGAUGAGAAGUGUCGGAAAAGAAUCAAGGCUGCUGGUAUCGAUUACGAGUGUCCAGCCCUUAUCGGGAGCGUUCAGCCUUCCGCUAAGAAGAUAAAGUUUGAUGAGAAUUAGCUAUAGAGAAAGCAGAUGGAUCUUUUAUCCAGUGGGAGUGAUGGAACUGCUGAGUUAUCAUGGCCGGUCUAUUUUAUUGAGGAUGAGAUUGUGAUUUGGUACUUCUUUUUCUCAUCGUGUCUUAUGUAUUAGUUUAAAAAAUGACUGAUGCAUGUUGGUGAAGGAGCAUGAAGUUGUGGUGGAAAAUGAACGACUUUCUUUCUUA